CCCCGGCUGGGGCUAGGGAGGGGGGAGGGGAGCGGCGCCCGGGUCGGGCCUCGGGGGUCGCGGGGUGGGCAGGAGGAGGCAGCGGGAGGGCGGCUGGCAGCCUCACGGGAUGGCUGGGAAGGAAGGGGUCCGGCGUCGGCCUUCCGCAUCCCCUCGCGUCCCCCUCCGCCGCCGCUUCUCAGGCCGCUCCACCCCCGGAGCCCCUUCCCCGGCCCCGAGAGGGUGUCCGGGGGCCCCGGGCUCGGCCGGCUGUGGGGAAGGGGGCUGAGUGGUCUCCAUGCCCGAGAGGGGAGGGGCGACAAUUUCUGUCGGCCGAGCGAAAGGGGUUUAAAGGGCGGCUCUUAAAGGGGCCGCAGGAGGGGCCCGGGCCGACCGAGGCACGCACCCCUUCCCCAGCCCCCUUCCAUUGCGCUCAUCCGGGCGCUGGGCCCAGAGAGGAAUGCGGAGGAAAGAGGCAUUUGUGGGGCGGCCUCGGGGACAGAGCCCCGCCAGGGGGGUGGGCGCAGCGGGGCGGGCGGGUGUCUGGGGGUGUGAGCGCUGGCGCGCGGAGCUGGGGGGAGGGGAUGGCGUGGGAAGGAGAGGGUUAAAGGUGGGGCCGGCCUUACAAACGCGCGCACACACUCCUUACUCAGACCCAGUCACUCGCGUUUCCCUGGCACUUAGAUGGGCCUGUGGGUGGCGGGGGAUGGCGGGGGAUUGAAUUGGAGCUUGCGCCGGAGCCCUUUGCAUCCCAAGCUCCUGCAGCCGGAUCUGGGGGCCCCGCUGUCUGAACUCACAGCUCCCCGCCGAGCCCCCUCUCCGGGGUGCACACACGCUUCAGCGCGCGCACACACCUCGGACAGUCCCCUCGCGUCUCACGUGACACGCGGCCCCAACGUGCCACCCUGCCCACGCGCUCACGCACGCGUGCACACACACCAGCCUCCCGACUGCUGCCCCACUCCGUCCCGACGCCCCUGCGACCCUGAAGGCACUCAUUGACUGACACACCUACACUCAUUCACAGACGCACACUCCCCCCACAUGCCAACCCCAGACACACAUUCAUAACCAGGCCCGCGAGAAGUACACACGCACCCCCUCACUGCCUACUCCUGCCUGAGUCAUUCCUGCCCCCUCGUAGGGUUCCCUGUUUCCCGGCGCGCGGGCACCCUGAGCCGGCCUUGGGAAUUCGUUCGCGUCCCUCUCCACCUGGGCCCCCUUCCCCAGUUUGCGCCCCGUGACACUCAGCCAAGGACUUCCUGUGGGUCCCAGGUCAGGGGCCAGGGGGUCCUGGACGGCUGCCACAACCCCGGUGCGCCCGGGGGAGGCGCUUCCUUUUCCUGAACUCUGGGAUCCUGCGGGAGGAAGUGGGGAAGUUGGGCGGGGGUGCAGCCGAGGGCGUGCCGACUGUGGAGGGGCCGACCCUCGCGCAGCUCUGGGCCUUCCUUGGGGAGGAGCUGGGGUGCCAGAGGCCCAGGCUAAGGAGCUUGGCGGCGAGGUAUUUGGGGAAGUAAGGCCUGGGGUGGAGAAGCGCUGAGGACUGGGCCGGGCCCGGCUGGGAAGGCAGCCCUCUCCCAUCCACAGGUCUCCCUGGUUCUGGCAGGAGCCUGUCCCUGCUGCCGGCCUGGUUUACUUGUCCCUACUUGUCAACACCCUGGCAGCGGGGUCUUCACCUGGUUCCAGUCCGUUUUCCCCAAGGCGGCAGAGAGGAUGGGGCUGAGGAGUCUGGGAAGGGGCCAUGGGAGUCCCCGCUGAGCGCUGAGCUCGGGGCAGGAAGCUUUUGAGUUGCAUUUCAGCCGGCCCCAGGGCUUGCAGAGCCAGGGAGAGGGGUACCAGGGACAAACCCUAGACAGACGGCCUUGUCCACGGUUGCUCCUGCUCUCCCAGGAGGCCCCGUGUGGGCCGUGGCCCGGCCCUCACCAUGGAGUCCAUGUUUGAGGACGACAUCAGCAUACUGACGCAGGAGGCCCUGGGGCCCAGUGAAGUGUGGCUAGACGGUCCCGGAGACCCCUCGCUUGGGGACGACAUGUGCUCUGCCUCCCACUUUGCCCUCAUCACGGCUUACGGAGACAUCAAGGAACGGCUGGGGGGCCUGGAGAGGGAGAAUGCCACCCUCCGACGCCGCCUCAAAGUCUAUGAGAUCAAGUACCCACUGAUCAGUGACUUUGGAGAGGAGCAUGGCUUUUCUCUGUAUGAAAUCAAGGAUGGCUCCCUGCUGGAGGUGGAGAAGGUCAGCCUGCAGCAACGGCUCAACCAGUUCCAGCACGAGUUACAGAAGAACAAGGAGCAGGAAGAACAGCUUGGAGAGAUGAUCCAGGCCUAUGAGAAACUCUGCGUGGAGAAGAGCGACUUGGAGACGGAGCUGGGGGAGAUGAGGGCCCUGGUGGAGACACACCUGCGCCAGAUCUGUGGUUUGGAGCAGCAGCUGCGGCAACAGCAAGGCCUCCGGGAUGCAGCCUUCUCCAACCUGAGCCCGCCGCCAGCCCCCGCGCCACCCUGCGCUGAUUUAGACCUGCACUACUUGGCACUGAGAGGGGGAUCUGGCUUGAGUCAUGCAGGCUGGCCGGGCCCCACACCCAGUGUGAGUGACCUGGAGCGGCGGCGGCUAGAAGAGGCUUUGGAGGCUGCGCAGGGAGAGGCCCGGGGGGCUCAGCUCCGGGAGGAGCAGCUCCAGGCAGAGUGCGAGCGGCUGCAGGGGGAGCUGAAGCAGCUGCAGGAGACGCGGGCCCAGGAUCUGGCCUCCAACCAGUCGGAGAGGGACAUGGCAUGGGUGAAAAGAGUUGGGGACGAUCAGGUGAAUUUGGCGCUGGCCUACACCGAGCUGACAGAGGAGCUGGGCCGGCUUCGGGAGUUGAGUUCCCUACAGGGGAGAAUCUUGAGGACUCUGUUACAGGAGCAGGCCCGGAGUGGCGGUGAGAUGGGGCAGGGCAGGGGAGGCCGCGGCGGGACCCGGGAAGGAGCCGGUAGCCAUGGCAACCAUCUUGGUCCUGGGAACCACCCUUUAUUUCCUUUCCUGUGGCCUGGAGUUGGUGGGCAUGGGUCCGGGCAAGCCCCUGGCACUCCAGUUCUGAGGGCUUCUCUCUGCACCUUUGUCCCCCGACCCCGUCCCCGUUUCUUUUCCAGGCCAGAGGCAUUCGCCGCUGUCACAGCGCCACUCGCCGGCCCCCCAGUGCCCCUCCCCCUCCCCGCCUGCCCGAGCGGCUCCCCCUUGCCCCCCGUGCCAGUCCCCCGUUCCCCAGCGCCGCUCUCCCGUGCCCCCGUGCCCCUCGCCGCAGCAGCGCCGCUCUCCGGCCUCGCCCUCCUGCCCGUCGCCCGUCCCGCAGCGCCGCUCGCCGGUGCCGCCGCCGUGCCAGUCCCCCAGCCCGCAGCGCCGUUCCCCGGUGCCACCCAGCUGCCCGGCCCCGCAGCCCCGGCCGCCGCCGCCUCCCCCGCCGGGCGAGAGGACGCUGGCCGAGCGCGCCUACGCCAAGCCGCCCAGCCACCACGUGAAGGCCGGCUUCCAGGGCCGCCGCAGCUACUCAGAGCUGGCGGAGGGCGCGGCCUACAUGGGCGCCUCCCCGCCCUGGCUGCAGGCCGAGGCGGCCACGCUCCCCAAGCCCCGGGCCUACGGCAGCGAGCUCUACGGCCCCGGCAGGCCCCUCAGCCCGCGGCGCGCCUUCGAGGGCAUCCGGCUGCGCUUCGAGAAGCAGCCGUCGGAGGAGGACGAGUGGGCUGUGCCCACCAGCCCGCCCAGCCCGGAGGUGGGCACUAUCCGCUGCGCCUCCUUCUGCGCGGGCUUCCCCAUCCCCGAGUCGCCAGCCGCCACCGCGUACGCCCACGCCGAGCACGCGCAGUCCUGGCCGUCCAUCAACGUGAGUGGGGCGCCCGCGUUCCGCCCACCUUGGACCAGGCCUUGAGAUUGAGACCCCAGAGCUUCACCCUCCCUUGGGGGCCCUGCCCCUUUCGGGUGUCAGCGCACAAACUAUCCACCCUCCUUGAACCCCAGGCCACAGUCUAGGUCCCUUCACCUCCCUUUCCCGAGAUCAUCUGUCACCAGAAAUUGGGGCCUGCCCCAUUAAGAUUUCGUUCAUUUCCUUGGAUAAGGAUAUGGUCUUUGGAGUGAGUGACAGUUCUGCCUUUGAUUCCAAACACCAGCACUUAAUAGCUGUGGGACCUUGUGCAAGUUACUUAUCCUCUCUGAUCCUCAAUAUUCUCAUCUGCAAAACGGGGAUAAUGAUUAUAGUAUCUGAUUACCUUAUAGGGUUCUUAAGAAGCAGGAGGUGAGCCUAAAGCAGUCAGCACAGUGCCUGGCUCAAGCAUGUGCUAUUAUAUUGGCUAUGGUGAUGGUGGCUACUGACCAUAGCAGGCCACUAGCCAACACAGGAACAGGCCUGUUUAUCCAGCUCCCUCCUUCAGGCCCCAGAGCGCUUGCCCUUUUCUGUCAGUCCUGAAAGACAGAAGCCUAUCUCAGGGCUCAAUCAUUUCACUGAAAUAAUGAGUUCCCUGAAUGUCAAAGCCACCCAUUGUAACCUGGAAAGACCAAAAUAUACUCCAAAGCCAGACAGAAAAUUAUUUUGGGGUUGUACCUUGUUUAGGAUUGUCCAUUGCUUUGAGUUAUCCGGGAGCUGUGUCUUAGUCACGCUGGGGGCAUGUCUGGGUCUUGGUUUCCCUCAUUACCACAGAUGCCCUGGCAAGCUGAGCAGUGACUCUCUCAUACCUGCCUCCUGGGGACCCUGUCCCUGGGCAAGUGGGUGGACACUGAGCUGGUGUGGGGGAGGACAGUGCUGAAGAAAGGGUGGCAGAACCUCUCCUGCAUGCCACAGCCCUCCCUGCCCUGGGUCCUGGGACAGGGCAGGCUGGGAUGUGGGGAUCAUGGGUGGGGGCUGGGGACCAUAAGUGACUUCCUUCUCUCCCCACAGUUGCUGAUGGAGACGGUGGGCUCCGACAUCCGCAGCUGCCCCCUCUGCCAGCUGGGUUUCCCUGUCGGGUACCCGGAUGAUGCCCUCAUCAAACACAUUGACUCCCACCUGGAGAACAGCAAGAUCUAGGGCACCACCCCCACCCACUGGCUGUUUCUCUGUCCUCUCCUAUCACCCCCAAACACUCACUUUGAAUGCUGCAUGAAUUUCGUGGGGGGUCCCUGCCCCUUGCGACCCCCAGAUACCUCCACUUGCUACCGAGUCAACGUGCGUGCCGUCUUCCCUGGUCCAGGCACCACUCAGCUCUGGCUCUUCCUGGGAGGUCAGUUGAGGCUCCCCCCAUGCUCCUGGUUUCUGCUUGGGAGGUGGGGACUUGGGCUGGGAUGGGGACGGCAUACCCCUCCCAGGCCUCUCCUUCUGCCUUUCUGUUCUUAAACAGGGUUGGAUCCAGGAAGGUGUCCAGUGCUUGGGCCUGGGGUGGGGGGAAGGUGUUAGAGGACUCCAGGAGCUCCUGCACCCCUCCCCAGAUGUCCGUCUUUUUCAGAUGGGGCUCUGUCUGGGGAGCACCCACAGGCUGUCUUUGGGGUCUCAGAGCCUGCUCUGAGCACUGACCCCAGUUCCUCCAUCCUGUGGCCAGCCUAGGGCUCAUGGCAUGGGCCCCCAUUGGGGGAGGGAGAGAUCUUGUUUCUUGACGUUCCCUACAGGCCAGCCCUGUCCUCCUUUCCCUGUUCUGCCCACUCUGGGGAAUAGGGAGGGGUGGAGAGGAGAGGGAGGAUCCUGGAGGACUGGGAAGAUCUAGCAUAAAGAGUCUUCUCUGAGGGCCAGGGCCAGACACCCCUAUGGUCAGGGGACUGUCUGCCAGCCUCCCAGGCCCAUGCCCUCCUGACCCCCCUAGCACUGAGGCACAGAUUGUGAAGGCAGAUGCCCCUUCAACCCUCCACUGGAGCCCCUGACACCACAGGUGCCCUGGAGCCCUUGUGUGACUCAGCCUCUGUUAGCUGGGUGGGUGUCACCAGCCCCUGCCUUCCAUGCCAGAACCUGAGAACGGGCCCAGGGUGCUGUGGAGAUCAACUUCAAAAGAGCUAACCCCUUCCCACACUCCACCCACCCACCUACAUUUCCUCUGUGAAAUCUACCUCAGAGUUGUACCCUCAGAAGGACGGGUAUGCAGGAGGCCAGGGGGUCCCCAGGGCUGAGGUGGGGAGCCUUCUACGGCAAAAGCCUGCCACCCCACAAUGAAUCCACCCCGCUCCACUGCGCGCCUCUCCCAGGUCUCAGCUCCGGGCAGGGAGCAGUGGCCGCUACCGACAGCGCAUGUCCCGCUCUUAUCCAACUCUUCCAGGCUCCACCUCCCUGCACCCCUCCCCUCUAUAGAGCAGGGGAGUGAAGGGGUGUGUCGGGUGGGGAAGGGGCCAAGGACAUGUCUUUGUACCCUGAGCAUCCCCAGGGAGGGGAAAUGGGGAAGGGGGCCUGGAGAGGGGAGGUAGGGGCCCCUGUGCUCUCUGAACAAGUUAAAAGUCCAAAUAAAACUUACCUGUUCCAUCUGU